GACAUCUCUUUGGAAGAGGACAAACCCGCACCUGAGCCGCGAGCUCCUGAUGAAGGGGGUGAUUGGCUUUCGGAAGAGGACGAGGGCGGUGGUGUUGGUAAGGUUGAAGACGGCGACGUUGUCGAGGAUCAUCGUGAAGCUCCGGAAGAACCUGAGGCAGAUGAUCAGGAGGAGGCUGAAAUCGAGGCGAUGAAGGAGUUGGCGGAACCUUUGGAGUUUAUGAACUUGUACAUGACGAGACCCCUGAAGACGAGGAAGAAGGCCGAGGCCCUGCGUGUUAUUCAGGAGUUCUACAUUCAGCUCCGCUCCUCCGGGUUCCCCCUGAACCGACUUCAUAUGGAUAGAGCCAGAGAAUUUCAGUCUGCUGCUUUGGAGACCUGGGCGGCUUCGCGGGAUAUCGAACUUACUCGAACCCAGGGAGAUGACCCGUUGCAGAACGGAGCUGCGGAAAGGGCAGCGCGUGAUUUGUCCAAAGCGGAUGAGGAGGCCGUGAAGUCCUGGUGGCCUUUUGCCGCAGACACCGCGGCAGCACAGCAGCAGUCUAUGACAAUGGCACGGAAGAGCUCUUCGGUCGUUUUCUCCGAAACGGCCAAAUCCUUUGUGAAGGAGCGGAAGUUCGCCAUGGAGGACCUCCACACAGGAGUUCACAGCGACCGGUUCAACAUGAAGAACUCCAAGAAUGUGGUGGUUACCGUGGGUGAUUUUGAUGGCGGAGGUAUCUGGCAAGAGGGCACGUCGCCUGACCACCCCCUUGUUGAGAUUGAGUCUCCGAAUGGCAAUAAGCUUCAGGGCUUUGUACAGCCGGUGCGGAACCGCAUUGUGAAGGUGGACCCAAAGAAGCUGCACAUGUCAAUGCCGUGGACGGGAGGAACGAAGUGGACUAUCAUUGCACACACCAUCGGUGGCUAUGCUAAACUGCAGGCAGCCGAUCUAGAACAGCUGGAUCAGCUGGGAUUUCCACACCCCGCGAGCAAGGAGGCGAAGUCACUAGCACCAAUUCAAGGGUGCUGUGAGGUUCCAGAGUUCAACUACGAGGCCCGUUGUGUUCAUGAUCUUUCCUCAGAGGGGAUGUCCUUUUCUGAUGAGGAAGAAGAAUGGCAAGCUCGAUAUUGGAUGAGAAGGCUGCUGGACGAGGAGGAGCAGCUCAAAGUGACUGUUCCCAAGGAGCACGAGGAAUACUUCCGAGAGGUUACUUCCGCCAAUGAGGACUGCUUGCGCAACCUUGAACUACGUGAGAUGUAUGUCAAUCAUGAGCGCAAGGAUGUUGACCAGUGGAUGCAGAUAAGCCGACUUGUCGAGUCAGAGCAGGAAACUCAUGGAGUGGAGAUGCUGCUCGAGGACCUCGCUGGGCCACUUCAAGUGGUCUACACUGUGGCGUUGGAAGAUGUCAAGCAGAACAUUGCUGCAUGGUCGGAGGCCAUCCACAAGGAAGCCAAGGCCCUCUUGGAUGCAGGAGCACUGGUUCCCCUUUCUGCAACGGAGCAGAAGAAGUUGGUGGACUCGGGCAAGCUGGUUAUAUUGCCGGCAAAAGGGGUUUUUACCGUAAAACCUCCGGAUGAGCCAGUGUCUGUGGACGGAGAUGGACAGCCUUUGCCGAGAGGAUCGCCAAUGUUUUUCAAGAGAAAGGCCCGUCUGGUUAUAUGCGGCAACUUCCAACAAAAGCAGGCCCAUGAGGACUCCUACGCUGGAGGAUGCCAGAUUGACUCACUACGGUCAAUGCUGGUUUUGUGUGCAGUCAAGGGCUGGAGAUUAGCCUCUACGGAUAUACGGAACGCCUUCAUCCUGGCUCCGAUCAAGGAUGAAGAGGACGACGUUUCAGAGGAGGUGUACGGGUUGAUGCCGCCUAAGGUCUUCCAGCUGGCACAAGUCACCAACAGCAUGCAGCUAUGGCGUGUAGACCGAGCUCUAUACGGCUUCAGGAGGAGCCCUCGGCUUUGGAGCCGGUUCCGAGAUCGCAGACUGUCGUCAGCAAGGAUCGACUACAAAGGGGGCCAUGUGAGCCUUCGUCAGAGCAGAGCUGACGCAAACGUAUGGGCGAUUGUCUAUGCGGCCGAGGCAGAGGAGAUCAUCCUGGGCUAUCUCAACAUUUAUGUUGAUGAUGUACUCUAUGCUGGCCACCCAGAAGCCAUCCAGGCUGUGCAGGAUUGGCUGACAAGUGAAUGGAAGGCCUCAGAGCUGUCAUGGGCAUCAGAAAGUUCGGCAAUACGUUUUUUGGGGCUGGAGAUCGAGGUCGAGUACAACGAUCAACAGUUGCGGCGAGCGCAGAUUUUGACUGGAGAAUUGCUUUGGUUGAGCGGAAGAAGUAGGAUUGGUCUUCGAGUGCUUGGAUAUUUGCGGGAGACUGCCGACUUGACGCUCACCUACUUCCCUUCUCGUGACGGUCAUGUUUUGGAUGCAUACAGUGAUGCUUCCUUCAGCCCUCAGGGCGAAAGGGCAGGCCGACAGAGUAUGAUUUCCUUGUCGGUAGCAGAAGCUGAGCUAAUUGAAACUGUGAAUGCGUCGCAACUCCUUGCCGGGACAGCAGUGCUCACAACAGAGCUGAUGGGGUCCGUGCAUGGCACCUACGAGAGUGUGUCAGACUUCAACAAGUUCAAGUUCGGCACGUUGCUGGCCAGAGGUGAGUUUCUACCGGAUGGAGAUCUGAACGUAGCUGCAGCAGCCACAAGCCGCACAACAGCCACUAGCAACACAACAGCUCCAGCAGAUUCCCCACCGACAGCUUCGGCAGCUAAUGGGGUCGUUGGGCUAUUAGCUAGGCUGGUUGUGUUCCUUGGGUGGUUGGUUCAGACGUCUGGUGCUGCAACUACAGAAGGCAGAGGUACUGGAUUGGAAGUGAGCUUCCCAUGGGAGCUAUAUGGGCUUUCUUUCUUAGCACUGGUUGCUGCAAUUGGCCUGUGGGAAGCGCUGAAGUGGUUCUGUGAGUGGCUGUCCUUGAGGAGUCGAGGAUCAGUAGAGGAAUCGAGGAGCGCCCGGCGACUACGCCGCCUGCAGCAAGCUGUUCAAGAGGAGGUUGCACGUUAUGGAUUGGAUGAUCCUGCGAUGAUGCAAGAGCCCCCAGUGACCCCUUUGGCCCGUUCAUCACAAAGCACACCGCGCCCUUCUCCUUUCCGGAUGCGGGCCGAGCCCAUGCUGGCGAGGACCGUAAGUGUCGGGGUGCAGACAGACUUCGUCGAGGAGUUUCAGCCGUUUCCGGGACCCUUUGUCGUGAGCGAGCAUGGGGAUAGGGUGCACUAUGAUCCUACUUGUCACGGGCUUCGGAAUGCCUUGACGAGGAGAAAGCAGCUACAGCUGUGCCAUUAUUGUGCCAGGCGUCAGCAGAUCUACCAGCGAGUGGGCUAG